UAAAUAGUGGUCUUGAUGAGAUCAUUAGGAACAGGUGAAUCGCCAGGUGGAAGAGUGCCCAGAGGACAGAGACCAGAACUGUGCCCACCCGCUGAACCACCAUCCAUGAGACAACACAAGAGAGGACAGAGAGAACAAGAACUGGAUUUUUCUACAUUCAGACAAAAUGGUGAAAACGAUGAACUAUGAAGUCACCCUGUUCACUGGACAUUUGGCCUUUGCCUCCACAUUCAACGCUGUCUACAUUAAGCUGGUUGGCACAAAAGGAAAGAGCAAACGCACACAUCUCCUGAGCUUGGAACCAUCCUUCUUCAAAGGAGGCGUGUCACGCUUUAAUGUGUCCUGCCCAACCUCCCUUGGAAAGCUGGUGCUGAUAGAGUUAGACAAACAGAUUUAUUUUUUCAAGGACUCCUGGUAUCCUGCUAAAGCGGAAGUGAAAUCCCCUGAAGAAGAAACCUACCACUUUCCCAUCUACCAGUGGAUCACUGACAGUGAGGUGCACUACUUCAGAGAGGGAAGAGCUCUCCUAAUCUUUGAAGAUGACAGCAAUCUUUUUGGUGGAUACAGUCGGCAGCAGGAGCUUAAGCAGCGACAGAAAAUCUUUCAUAGCGCCGACUGCAGAUUGACUGCUCUCCAGACUCUUGAAUCCCUCACCUGUCUUUCUCCCAGAUGGGAUGUGUAUGAGAAGGGGGUACCCCACUGCAUUAAGGCAGACAGCCUUGAUUCUCUACCCUACGAUGUCCACUUCUCUGUGACCAAGACCGCAGAGAUGAGAUACACUGCAGUCACAGGACUGCUAGAGUUGGAACUGAUUGAACUGGCUGAGUGUAAGAGCAGCUGGACUCGCAUCAGUGACAUCAGUCACCUUUUAUCUGCUCAUCGGACUCAAGUAUUAGACUUUGUUCAGAAACACUGGAAGGAAGACUCUUUUUUUGGCUACCAGUUUCUAAAUGGUGUCAACCCCACGUUGAUCCGAUGUUGUAGAGCACUGCCUGAGAACUUUCCUGUCACUGGGGACAUGCUGUCUCUCUAUGGUCAGCAUAGUUUGGCAGAUGAAAUGAAGAAUGGCAACAUCUUCCUGUGUGACUACAAGCUUUUGGAUGGAGUGCAAUCAAACACCAUCAAAGGAAAGAAGCAGUACUUGAUGGCUCCUCUCAUUCUGCUCCAGAAGACCCCUGAUGGUAGGCUAAUGCCAAUUGCUAUUCAGCUAAAGCAGAAACCAGCAAAGGACAACCCAAUCUUUGUUCCUACUGACUCUGAGACCGACUGGCUGAUGGCAAAGAUCUUUGUGAGAAGUGCAGAUUUCAACUUCUUUGAAGUCAAUGCUCACCUGCUGCGCACUCACCUGCUGGCUGAGGUUUUUACAGUGUCAGUGUUGCGCAACUUGCCCAUGGUGCAUCCUCUGUACAAGCUUCUCAUACCUCACACUCGUUACACUCUGAACAUCAACUUCUUGGCUCGGCAACUUCUGAUAUCCAAGACUGGAGUUUUGACUCGGUUUGCAGCUUCCGGUGGAAAAGGUGUAGUCACAAUCCUGCAGAAAGCGCUGUCCUCACUGACCUACAGCUCCCUCUGUAUCCCAGAUGAUAUCGCUGAGCGUGGGCUGAAUGAUGUACCAAACUUCUACUACAGGGAUGAUGGACUGAAGCUCUGGGAGAUCAUCCACAGGUUUGUGAAGGAAAUUCUCAGCUAUUACUACAAGACUGAUGAUGACGUCCAGAAAGACUGUGAACUGCAGAAGUGGAUUCAGGACAUCUAUGAACAUGGAUUCCUUUCACAAGCAAGCACAGGAAUUCCACAGAAAUUCACCACUGUGGCUGAAAUGGUCAAGUUUGUUACCAUGGUGAUCUUCACCUGCUCUGCCCAGCACUCAGCUGUCAACUCUGGACAGUACGACUUUGGUGCAUGGAUGCCCAAUAGUCCUGUCACCCUGCAGCUUCCCCCGCCAACCAAAAAAGGGAAAACAAGUGAGAAACAGAUGCUGGACACAUUCCCCAGCAUCAAUACAACAGUUCAUGGCAUGGCCGUCAUGUGGCUGCUCAGCAAGCAGUCCUCUGACUCUGUCUUUCUUGGCCAGUACCCACAGGAGCAUUUCACUGAGGAGUUUCCCCUCCAGAAGAUCAAGUAUUUUCAAGAAGAGCUCAAAAACCUGAGUGCAGAGAUCAAAGCCAGAAAUGAGAGUUUGGACCUGCCGUACACAUAUUUGGAUCCUGAGAUGGUUGAAAACAGUGUUUCCAUUUAAAUAUUGGAAGCUUUUGUUUACCAGCAGGAUCUAAUAUAUGUGGUCUUGAUAAAUUUGUAAAUUGGAGCAGUUUCAGUCACGUUGUCACAGCUUUGAGACAGUGAUACAACCAUACACAACAGGAAGUUCCUCCAUUAUCAUACACUUUCCUCUUCAGCUGAAUGUAAAUCCAUUUAUGGCAUCAUUAUUGUUGUGUGCCUGAGCAUGCAGGUGUGCUACAUCUGAACUGUAGGUGCGCUUCCCUUUUCUGUGAAGCACAAGAACAACAAUAUGUACUUAAUAGGCAACCUCUUAAUGCUGGAUAUUUUUGAUCAUACUAGUCAGAAGCAGGCUUCAUAUUAUGCCUCUUAAUACUGUGCAGGAUUAUACUGUAGCAUGGUUAAACAUGUGAUUAACAAAGAAUUAAUACUCAUGUAAAUUUACUGUAAAAGCUGCAUGUAAGCCUGUGACUUGUCCAAAAUGCCCCCUGCCCUAUGACCUGGAAUAGGCCCCAGGCCCCUGUGACACAGAACUUAUGGAGAGGGAGAGAAAAAAUAUGAAAUGAUGGUAAAUUUUUGCUAAAGUUCACAUUAGGAGAAAUGCAUAAAGGAUCUUUUGGGGAGUGAAAUCUCAGCAGAGGGCUGCUGAGCUGAUCAAUAAUCUAGUUUACUGUCUGCAUCUUUAAGGUGGAUUCACUUCAAUUGUGUGUUCAUGCAAUAUUAUCAGAAAUAUGGAAACAGACAAAAUGAUUCUUUCUGUUUAAAGCAGUUCUCAGAGGUCAGUGAUUCCUUUGGACUUUAGUCAUGUCACUGUAUUUACUGUGAAUAUCACUUGUUGGUCUGAGUGUUUUUAUGAGUUCAAAGUAUAAAUUAAUAAUAAAUUAGAGAGCUUUAUCAAAGCUGUAGCUACUUUAUCCAUCCACUGGGUGGAGACAUGACUCUUCAUUAGGAAGAGCUGAAGAGCAACUGGGAAAAAUGGCUGUGAAUGACUUCAGUGACAG